UUACGUAUCGGAACAUUUUUGUAAGCUUUGGUCCCACUGCAUUAAAACACGUACCUCUAAUUCUGAGAGGGCUUUGGUCAAAAAGGAAUAAGCUUGAAAAAACAUGAUGAUCCCGGCUCCCAAGUGACUAAGCGGAAAGCAAACUGACACUAGGACGCAGUUAUGUUAGCUUGUGUACACUGCGAAGGGGACUCGAAGAAGCAACAGGAGCGGAUUCCAAGCCCAAAUAAGCGCACAUUCCACCAGCCCGUGACCCCAGUAUGAUCGAGGUGCUGUGCCUUCUGCUGAGCCGCUUGCUGCUGCUCCUGAUAGGAGGCUAUGAGCUGCUCUGGCUACUCCGCGAGCGACUGAAUGCAUUUGUAAACUGGUCAUAUGACCUCUGGCGUACCGCCGCGGCACGUGAGCUUCAUGAGCGGCGCGUUCUCACUGAAUGCCGUUCCCAGCUUACAAAAACGCCCCAGCACCUAGUGCUUGUCAUCUCCCCCAGCGACCAUUACGUGGACUCGGUGCUGCUGCGGCGAAUCUUUGGCUUUGCCUUGGAGGUUGGUGUCCAGCAUGUCAGCGUAUACGACAGGCGACCUAAGGGAGACGGCUAUGUGGAGCUGGCUGAGCUGUGUCAGCCAUCCAAUGAUGAGGGAACCGGCAGCCACUUUAAGUGGCCAGCGAAGCCCAAGAAGCCUGAGAGCGCGCCAAUAAAUGGACAAAAAACCAAUGGUUAUGUCAAUGGUGCAGGGGACAACAGUUCGUGUUCUAAUCAAUUGCAGCUCUAUCAAAUAAGCGCCGCCGACGGCCAUGCCCUCAUCGCUGAUGUCUGUCGGGAGUUGUACGAGGAAAGGAAUUCGGAAGUGGUGCAGAAUCUGCUCAGCCAGAAGCGCGAAGCGCUAACCGAGCAGAUUAACUCAAUGCUGACAAAGCGGCUGGGUUACGUUGCACCCGAACCGGAUUUGGGAAUUAUUUUUGCACGGCAGACAUGCACAUACGGUGUGCUGCCGUGGCAUGUGCGCUUCACGGAGUUCCACACGCAUCCAAGUGGACGUUACUUCAAUGUGGAAUCGUUUGCCAACAUCCUGUCCAAGUACUCGCGAUGCGAACAGCGCUGGGGUACUUAGUACACCCGAAGAGAAACCCCCUAUCUUAACUAGUUACCUUAACUGUAUGUAAAUUAUGGCCAGGAAUUCCUUUAGCACGUAAGAAUAAACUGCGAAAGUGUAUUGUUCAUAAAA